GGAUCCCCGCCCUGUUGAGGCUGCCCGUGGGGCAGGGGACAGCUCGGCCCCUUCGCUCCUGUCAGCUGCCCCGUGCCCCCCGUCGCCAGCCCGGGCGGGGAGAGGGUGAGUCGGCGGCUCCCGGCCUCUGUGCCAGAGCGGGGAGAGGGGGAGGAGAAAAAAGCAAAACAAACCCUCUUGUGGUGAAGUUACUUGGCAGUUACCUCGCUGACAAGCCAGCCGCGGAGAUGAGGACGCAGUGUUGUCUGGGAGGACGGGACAGACACCCGCCCGGGAGAUUUGUCAUCCCGCCGUGAAUAAGCGGAGUUAGGAGGUCUUGGUUAUGGACCCCAGUGCAAGUCCAUUGGAAAAGGCAGCUACAACAAUGUAAUAGUCACCAGCAGUCCCAUGACAGUUCAACAGCUGGGACCUGUUUCACUUCCUGCUAAUCAGGUUUCAACAGCAUGCAACAGCAUCAACCCUAGCUUACAGAGGUCUAUGGAUGUUUCCAGCCUGAGUCCUUCUCCAUCAGAUACAAGGUUGCUCUUGUCGCAUGAAUCCCUGGCCUCUAUGAGAUUAAGCUUGUCAGAAAGUCAGUCCCCUUCAAGUGUUCAGCAAGAGGGGUCGCAUGGGUACAAGACACUUCCUUCUGUUGCUCCUGACCAAGGUUUUCAAAACAGCAGUGAGCUUGGGGACUUACUAAAUUUUUCACCUGGAACAUCCGUGUCAGGUAACUGCAUAUCUAACUCAUUACUAUCCUACUUACAUGGCACAGAAAAUAAGCAUUCCCCUUACACUAGUCCUCACCAUUCCUCAGCCUGGUCUCAAUUAGCAUACUCCAAAAAAAGAUCACUCUCUCUAUCUCCUCUGUAUGAUGGCAUUGGGAUUGACUUCAAUACAAUCAUCCGUACAUCCCCAACCUCUCUGGUGUCCUACAUCAACAGUUCCAGGACAUCAUCAACAAAUGUCUCCCCACAGCCUGAGGUCUAUGGACAUUUUUUGGGAGUGAGAGGAAGCUGUAUGCCCCAAACUUGCUCUAUUCCAUCUGCCCAGAAAGUCCUCCUCAUGUCUAAUGGCAAUGUCACCUUCUCAGGGUACACUGAUAAUGGGGCUGGCGAGUACCAGCGGAUGCAGCAGCUGGAGCAAGCCAGCUUGGAGAUGAGCGCUGCAAGUAACAUGGUGAUCCAGGUGGGCAUGCUGCCUGCAGACAACCAGGUGGUGGACAUCCUGAGAGAUGCACAGCUGGACAACUUCUCAAGCCAUAUGGUUGACAUGCCUCUUCCACCCAUGCUACCACCACCUCCUUCUCAAGGGCCACCACCACCAUACCACACUAACCAGCACCGGCAUCCACACAAUCUCCCCAGUUGCAUUCACCCAUUGGCUAUGCCUGUUUCUACCCCAGGAUCCCUGCUUGAUGAAGACAGUGAGUCAGGUGAUUUCAAUGGCAAGUAUGGCUGUUGUUGGUUAGACUGUGGAGCACUGUAUGACCAGCAGGAGGAACUUGUGUGGCACAUAGAGAAGAUACAUAUAGACCAGAGGAAAGGAGAGGACUUCACUUGCUUCUGGGCAGGGUGUCCACGAAGGUACAAGCCAUUUAAUGCCCGUUAUAAACUGCUGAUUCACAUGAGAGUCCACUCAGGAGAGAAGCCAAACAAAUGCACAUUUGAGGGAUGCAAGAAAGCCUUUUCCAGACUAGAAAAUCUCAAGAUUCACUUAAGGAGCCAUACAGGUGAAAAGCCGUACCUUUGUCAACACCCUGGCUGCCAGAAAGCAUUCAGCAACUCCAGUGACCGUGCCAAGCACCAGAGGACACACGUGGACACUAAACCUUAUGCAUGUCAGAUUCCAGGAUGUACAAAACGAUACACAGAUCCAAGUUCUCUGAGAAAGCAUGUGAAAGCCCAUUCUUCCAAAGACCAACAAGUGAGGAAAAAGUUGCAAUCAAGCUCAGAGCUUGGCCUGGAUAUCUUGAAUGAUUGCCUUGCAGUCCAGCCCCUCCAGUCAGCCCCAUCGCCACAUGAUGCUGCAGAUAAUACUAUGGGACACUCCCCAGGGCUCGCUCACGAUAUUUACCCAGCAGCCAUGUUUCCCAGCACACAGACAAGUGGAAGUGCACCAGCAUCUGGGGCACUGUCCUUGUGCCACCCCAGCAGCCACCUUUCCCCAGGACAUAAUGUACAGGGUACUGCUGUCCAUCCUCUGCUCUCAGCUGUAGACUCAGACAGGUUUGUUGCUCCAGCUCCUUCUCCUCACAUCAGCACCCAGGGAAUUUCAGUUCCACACCACAUGAUGCAGAGACAGAUGCCACAACCUCCCCACCUUCCACAGCCUGAAGGAAUGUCUCUAAAGAUAUACCAGCCAGCAACAAACACUUCUCUUCAACCAAAUAGCCUCCACAACCAAGGGUUAUAUGGGCAGCUUCAGACUUUCUGCCCUCCACAUUAUGCUGACACUCAGAAGAAUGUACAAGAUAGCGUUUCUUGCAAUACAGUUCCUCCUUUUGAAGACUGCUUAGUUCCCACAUCAGUGGACCAGGCAGAACUUGACACUUUCCAUCAGACUUUUUCAACACACUCUGGUAUUGCAGUUUAUGACUUUCCAGCAGGGUCGGAAGGUAUCUUUGGUGAUUCAGCUCACAGCAUGCCAGAGGAUAGCAGUUUUCUACAAGUAAACGCAGUGGAUCAUUGUUCUAGCCAGCUUUCUUCGGUCUACACUGAAGGCUAAAGUAAUAUAAAUCUAGUUACAAGAACUUGAUUGCAUUUCAUCUUGCUCUUCUGAUAUUUCUCUACAAAAUUUUUCUCUCCAUGAAACUGCCAUGUAUGUAUGGGGAUAUGGGUUGAUAUACAUACAAAAUGGAGGAGAAAAGCCAGCCACCAAGCAUUCAUCAUGCAAUCAAGCAGUCAGCUGAGAAGGAGAAUAUUUGAAGAAUGCAAGCUUUGCCAAAAACUUAGCAACUCUCUCUUUUCAUCUGUGGCACAGCAACUCUACUUUUUUUGUUCUUUCUUCUUUUUAAUUUCUUAAAUUCUCAAAGGGAAUUCACAGACUGAAUAAGAAAACUGCUUGUUGGCUGUAGUCCUUUCAAGCUGAAUGGGUGGACUUCUGAAGAACACAGCUUUAGAAAAUUCCUUUUUUCUUUUUUAAAUUUUAUUAUUAUUUUUUUUUAAAAAGAGGAAAAUAAGUAAAUCAGAGCAUACUACAAACAUUUCAAAGGCACACAGAUUUUUGCACAACCUGUUCACAUGUGAUGAUUCCAAAGUUAAAGACAUACCGGCAUCAAAAAGGGAGAGAAAUUAGACAUGCAUCCUGGCAGUACUAUUUGAGGCUUUGGUGCGGCUUCUGUUUGGAUCAUUAGUACUGGAUUUCUCACAGGCCUCAGUUUAGGUGUCUUUUUCUUCCCUCUGCAUUUUAACCCAUACAAUAUGGCCUUUGCUAUUUUUCCAAUAUUCCUUCGGACCCAGUGCUUUAUGAAGUGAAAAAAAGGGUUAAAUGCACUACAUGAGAAGGUACAUGGACUUUGUCCAUAUUUAGCACAGCUGCUAGAUAAGAAAAAGUAUGUUUUAACUUUCUGUUGAUUUUUAAUUAUAUUGUAGAGCUUUAUUGCUGUAUAUGCUAUAGUAUUCUAUAAAAGGCUUAAAAUAGCCUGUAGAAAAGAUUAUUCCUUAAAUUCCACAGAUUUUUUUAAAAGCAAUCUGUACUGAUUCAAUUAAAUUUUUGUUACCCUAGCAUUUUCUAUUUUCAUAACACAUUUUCAGGAAGAAGAGAUACUUUUAAGUUUGCUAUGAUCCUUUUGGUUAUUUAAAAAUGUAAAAAUGAAUUGGUCUUAUGGUUUUGAUUUUCCUAUUCAGUGUCAGCCUCUGGUCCUUAAAUUUAGUCCAGAAUGCAAGCUAAUGAGGUUGCCCUUUGUGAAAAGUAAAAGGGGAUGAGCUUCAAAUAGUAUUUUGCAGUAGACAUGUGUCAUCACUGUGAUCCUAUAUACCUUGGGAACAACUCUUAAAAGACUCAGUUUUUAGGUCAUUAAUUCCUGUUCAUCCAUUUUGUGGACUUCCUAGUGUGUAGUAUUCAUUGUAAUAUUCAUAUAACUUGAUUUAAUAAGAAGGACAAAGGUCCAAAGUUCAUUCUUACAGGCUUGACCAUAACAAUGCUUCUGAAACUAGUGAUCCAGAAAGAUGAAUUAUAAAAAAAGUUUGUAAAACAUUUUUUUAUCCUGAGACAGUUUUGAGAGUUGAAUGCUGUUUGAGUCAAAUUUGUAAUUUAAUUUGCCAUUAUGUUCCAUAGAUGAAUUUAUGUCCAGAUGUUUAUAAACACUGGCAACCUUUUGAGGUUUAUAUUCAUGAAGUAUAAUAUUAUAAACAGGUAUAUGUGCUUAUAUAUUUAAUGGAGAUAUUUUCAUCCAAUAAAAGCAAAGAAUAUAUGGGUAAACCAUGCACAUAGUGAUGUACAGUAAGAAUUAAUACUGUUUAAAUAAAAAUAAUUCUGUACUAAAUGCUUCCCCUCCUAUUCUGCUUCUCAAAUCACACAUUAAUGAGUCCUUUUGCUUCAGCUUGCAAUAAAGUGCUAGUUGUUACUGUCUGUGGUUAGCAUUCAGUUAAAUGACAUCAGGCUUCCCUAAAUAUCUGUACACACACAGGCAAAAAGACGGUCUUAUUGCAUUAAUGUAUGAUCUAGUCCACUGCAUUGACAGAGAGUUUUGCUUUUAAACAAAGCUUUAAUUUUCUACUAUCUUAAAGCCCAUUCUGUGUUCACUGCAUAUGCAUAAAUAUGUUCAGCAGGAGUAAUUA